CAGAGGCAUCAUAGUCUCACUGUUAAAUUACGUCUGUUCCUAAUUCUACUUUCCUUGAAAAAUUCAAUUUCACCAGCAGAGAAAACGAUUUGGAGGUAAACUUGGUUGCUUUGGGUCUCCGCUGCACAUUUCACCUGCUACUUUUGGAUUACAGUUAUUACUUUUUGAUCCAACAGUGCUUAAAAUAAUGGAACAGACUUCCAGCUACUGACUGACAUUGUUUGUUCUUCGUGUAGUAUUUAUCUGGUUGAACGUCUAUGAGCUAGAAUUUCCAAUCUCUUUCUAUCUCUGUCCUUAUUACGGAUAUUUGGUUAUUAGGUAACAUCUGAUUUACUAUAACCUACAUUCAUACCCACAAGGCUGAAUCAGAGUUAUGCUUCUCUCAGACAUUCUUAUAGCUGCAUUUCCCCAAUAUUUUUCUAUGGCAGCAAAAUAAAAAUGCUGCAAUAACAAAAGCCAGUGACUCAUGCAAAGGCUAGUAAACCUAAAUGAACAGCCAUAUAUAUAUAUGAGACUCAUUAGUUCACUGGAGCAGCUAUAGCUAGUAGACUCCCUCACUCUCUCUCAGUGAUUUGGUGGCCCUUGGUGCACAGGUAAACACAUGAACUCAUCACAUCUCAGUGCACCUCUCUUCUGAUCGGAGCGCUCAUGAACAACAGGCUUUAAACAAAGGGGGCAAUGUGAAUGCGUGACGUCAUGCAGACCACGGAAACCAUGUACGCAAGAGACGAAGAGGUUCUUACAUUAUAUUUUGAAUUCAAAUGUAACACUCUUCAUGGAUAAUCCCGACUACCUGAACUGCUUUUCUCUUUUUAUGAAGUCUCCUUGAGCCAUUUAUUCUCACUUUCCACACAUGUAGUCUGCAAGCAUGCAUCUAAUUUGGCCUCAGUAUUCAACUUUUUAUUCAAGCAAAUGAGAAGUCACGUGCAGUAGCUCCACUUGCUUUACACAGCAGGUAUUGGAGUAAAUGCCAGUAGCUGAAGAGGAGAAUGCUAAGAUUAUUGUGGUCGAUUCUUUAUGGGAAUCAAUUGUUUGAUCUCACACAGAGUUGUUUUGAGAGAAAAAGGGUUAUUAAGACUCUAGUAGAUUCAAUUUGGAAACUUUUGUGAAAUAAUUUGGUGGCCAGUAUAUUUAAAAAAGUAGGCUACAAAUGUUUGGUGAGUCUGACAGACAAAGCUAUGCAAAAAAAAAAUAAAAAAAUACAUAUAUAUAUAUAGAUAUAUCUAUAUCUAUAUAUAUAUUAAAUUUGGACCAUUAUACCAUAUACUCUGUGUCAUUAGGACAUUUGGCUCAACAAACAUGUAAUGACCCAAAUGAUUCUUAUUACUAUACAUACUUACAACUUCAGUAUUUGGUCGAUUUUAUAACCAUAAAAUCAUUUCCAAAGCAUUUCCCAAAUGAAAUUAAGCAUAUUUCCACACCAGGUUAGAAGAAGAAGAACACCAUGUCACCACAUGCAGUCUUCUCAUCUCAUCUGCUCAUACACACUUUACAGAUUUCUGUGGACAAAAUGAAGCAAUGAGUGAAUACAGCCAUCGGUUAAUUCAUUGUCUAAAUGAAUGUGGAAUUGAUUGCUAUAUUUCUCCCCCCCGAUCUUAAAUCUGUUAUUAUAACGACACAGAUCUUGAUUGAUUGUUCGACUAACGGGAUGCCCAUUACCCAGCAAACUCUUCAAAUAUAGGCAGAGCAGAAGAACACACCACGCAGAUCAGCAUGGAAACAGGUCUGCUCGCUUCUCUCAGCUGGGGAUGGGGGGGGGGGCAGGGCUGAACAGCACCUGGGUUUCCCGGGUGGCGGGUGUGGGGUGUCCCAUCUGAUCCGGGUAUAAGAAGCGGUCACUCCUCAGCGGUCAGCAGCAGUGGACGUGUGCGUGUCUCUGUGUGGAGUUAUGGCUCUUUUCAUGGACUCAGACUUCUCUUUACUCAGGCAGAACCAGCAGAAAGACAUGACGGAUUUUAAGGCGUUAUUUGGAGAACAGGACCACUGUAAAGAUGUGCGGGGGGAGAGCGCGGCGUCCUCUCCGGAGCCGGACAGAGCCGCUGGCUUGAUGGAGGGCCAGAGGAAAAGGAAGAGGACCAUCUUCAGCCGAGCCCAGCUGUCUGAGCUGGAGCAGGCCUUCGCUGUGACUCCCUACCCGGACAUCACCCUGAGGGAGAGGCUGGCCGCGCACACACACCUGCCCGAGAGCAAGAUACAGGUGUGGUUCCAAAACAGAAGAGCCAGAAGCAUCAAGACUGGGAGACACCCUAAGUCCACCAAGCCUGUCCUGGGAGGUAGAGGGGUUGUCGACCCCCUCGACCCCCCCUCUGGCCCUGUGACCUCUGCCCUCCUUGCCUCAACCAGCCUGGCGGACAUAUUCAGGCCAGAGCAGAGCCACUCCUGUGAGGAUGCCCCACAGAUUUAUUCCGACUGGAUCCAAAUCUACAGCAACCCGGUAUCUUCUCCACCAUCUUCCUCAUCCCUCCACCCGCAGCCCGCGCUGGGCUCCUCAAAACCUUCAGAGUCUCGUCUCUGGGAGGAGGAGCAGCACCACCAGCGGCAGCACCUGGGGCCGGCGCUCCAAAGUUUCCUUCCUGGUUCAUUUCCUCAGCCCAUCACCAGGCAGCCUCACCACUCGGCCUCCACCCGCUCCUACCAGGCCUUCAGGAACUUCAAACCCCAGACCAUGGCUCCACCCGGGGCUCAUCAGACCGUGUACGGAGGCAGCGCCGGAGGUGGAGGUCACACCUCUGUAGACCAGGUAGUCCCUUCCCACCCUCAGCCGGUGUACUGGGAGGUAACUCAGAGCCAAGGUCACCACCACCCACACCACCACCACCAUCACCACCCACAAAUGGGACCACAGACCUCUAUGGGCUACAUCUCAGACCUGAUCUACAAUGCUGCUAUUGUCACCAACUUUCUGGAAUUCUGAUCAGUCCGGACGUGGAGCACGAACAGUGGGAAACAUUAAUAGCUACUGUAACUGAACAGGGCUUCUAUUUCUGUCAGUAUUCCCCUUUACACCACCUCCUGUGUCUACACCUGUUCGCUGUGUUACCAGAGCAGGUUGCUCCUCAGACCUCUAUAUGCCACAGAGUUGUUUUCAAGUUGUCUUGUUUUUUUUUUACUGUGUUCCAGUCAUGUUUUAAAUGUGUUUGGCAGUGAUUUGGUUCAAUCCACCGCAGUUCAACUUACAGUACUUGGCUCAGUUUUCAGUUUCAGUGUGCAAAACUUGAAAUGCAACACUAAAUCACAUGCUCACCGCUCAGAAUACAAGUUUCCGUGCUGAUUACUGAGCACACAGUGAUCUCUGUGCUCAUGUCAAAUGAAUGGCAGUGGUGGAGAGAGAAAAAAACUUCUGUCAAAUGUAAUGUAUUGAUUGUCUGUUGGUGUAAAUUGUGGUGUAAUGUCAUAGCCAUGUCUUCGAGCAUUACUGUAGCUUUCUGUAUUUUAGAUGAUUAGACUUAUGAGUGAUGUAAAUGUCUGAAGUCUGGUGUCUUGAACAGAUCGACACUGAACAUAAAGAGUGACUGAUGCAGUCAAGUACAAUCACAAUCAUCAUUUUGUCUUGUAUGAAUGUAAGAUCUACUGUAGUUUAAAAUCAGACUUUAGACUACUUUAUCUACUGUUUAUUUACAGCGAUACAACAUAUCCAAUAAAUAAAAUGAAAGCUUUCAAAAGUCAUUCUUACUCUAUAUUAUUUCAAAUACUGACUUCUGCUGGAAUGUCACAUUUCUUUCUCAUCGCUGUUUCUAUCAUUUGGAGGAAAUUACCACUGCAGAUGGUGCUUUGAUGAGGACUGGCUACUGUUUGACAGCAUUUUUUAUUUCCCAACAACAGUGAUGCAAACUCAGCGCUGAACAUAUACGGGCAAUGUAGUACUGCCCUGAUAAAUGUACUGUGGGAUGUUUUACCUAAUUUGAUUUGUGUGCUCUAUGAGAUUCUGAGUGCAGCGUUUUGUGUUCAGAGUUUUGCUAAUUGAAACUGAGCUGUUGUGAACACGGAGCCAAAGCAAUUCAAAUAAGUAAUGCGAAAGGGUCAAGAGUCAAGCAUUUAUAUGCUCAGGACUCGUUCCUGCAUGCAUCUCGUCUCAUUUUGAUGUUUUCUAAACAAAUAAAGGACUAAUGGAAGGAUUCGUAGAUCAGCUCACUCAGUAACCCGGCAACUUGUCUUCCCAGUGGAACCACUGAUGUACUUGACAUGGAUUCUUCUCGCAGAUGCCAGCUCCUGUUUUCCUUCUCUAAGCUGAACCCUGGCAUGUUUAAUGCUGCGACCCCACGGGUAUUAUCUUUCAAAACAUCAUGAUUAAAAUGAUUCCUUGUGGUAAGAUAGGAAUAAUUAUUUUCUAAGUCAAAAUAUAUAUUUUUUUCAUAUCUCUCUGUGCUGUAAGUACCAGGAGGGUUAGAUGGACAGAGGGAAGGAAAGAAAAAUGAAAAAUAAGAACUAAAUUAAAGCCCAGAGCUCAGGGUCUAUCAGCUUACAGGCUCUGUAAUUCUGCCUGGAUUUAAGUUUGGAAAUAUUACAUGAGAGGUAUAAUACAGAGGCAAAUAUGACAGACAGUAGCGCACACUGCUCGUCCAGCGCUGGACAGAGACCUCUGCAUAUCAUAAUCAUCUUUAAUACCGAAUAAUCUUUCAAUAAACCUUUAAUCCGGGUGUCAAAUCUCAGAUCUUAGGAAGAUACUUUUUUUUUUGUAUUCCAGAUGUAGUUACAUCUUUUAAUCUUCCCACUGAUAUGACAGGACUUAAUAAGAAGAGGAUAUGAUAGUUUACAAAAAAAUAUGAAUUCAUAUCUGGAGAAGGGAUCAGAGAAAACAGAUCUUCUGUGUCGUACUGGAAUUGUUUUGAAAUAAAAUACAAGGUGUUAUCGCUCUUCUAGCACAGCUACUGUACCUCUGGGGUACAGUAAUCGCUUGUUUUUCAUGUGUUGGGUGGCUCUAUAAUUCACUUCAAACCAGAUACAGUAAGCACAGAUCAGAAGACGAUUAUUACCACAUCUGUCAGGUGGAGAUGGAUGAUAAAAUAACAGCAUUACUAACUGAUGCCACAGCUGGCGUGUUAUUUAGAAGAGUCAAAACAAGGGCAACUACACAGCAAAAUAAAACAAACAACGUGACAAAAUAACUCCACUCAAGGCCCACUUAUAACCUUUUUCCAGGGCUUUCAACCAUAUCUCAAGGUCUUCAUUGGUGGAUAGUUUGCUCAGUUGAGAAUGACAAACUACUAUUUGUCAAACUACUCUUCCCAAGGUCAAGAAUGAACUUCCAGGAUCAAUUUAAGCAAGGAAAAAGUAACUGGCUAUCACUAAUACUGCUCAGCAUUACAUUUUGAGUAUUGAUGAAAAUCAUAUCAAAUCACAGCUGAAAGGAUACGGGUGGUGAUAUUCUGUAUUUGGCUUAUUGUCAACAAUGAACGGACCGGUAUCCAAAUAACAAGUAUUGUGUGCGUAUCCAAAGGCCGGUAUAUCUUAUUCCUCUGUGCCAUGGAGCUCCACUGUUGUCCAACAAGUCUUGGUCUAAAGCCAUGCUCUGUCAGGCUGUGCUAGACACAGAAGAGCUUUGUGUAAUGUUCCCCACCUUAGUUUAGCAUGUUAGCAUGCUAACAUUUACUAAUUAGCAAUAAACACAUUAGUACAGCUGAGGCUGAUGGGAAUGUCGUGAGUUUUGCAGGUAUUCGGUCAUAAAGCAAUGUAUUGGACACAUUUCAAUUUUGGCCUGAUGAUGGCGCUAGAUGGAAAGUUAGGGAUCACCGAAGUGAUUACAACUCAUCCUGUGGGGAUGAAAUUUAAUGGCACAUGAAUGAGUGACAUGUUCCUUCAUUACCAUGAACACACACACUGCAGUUUAUGUCGACUCAAUCCCACAUGUGCUGUCUUGCUGCUGUAAAUACUCACUAGAGCACCAAAUGUGUAUGGGCUAUUAGUCUGCGGCUAAAAAUAGUCCCCAACAAACGCACGAUUUCUUCCUGUUUGAGUAACGUUUGCUAAAAACUACAGUGCCCAUCUGCUUUAGGAAAUGACUUUCAAAAAAUGAAACUUCUGUGACCCGUUUCUUAAGUUUUUGUCUUUAGCAGAAAUGAAUGUGUUUGGGGUUGAGUGGCACAGACAGUGUAGGACAUGUAAGAAAAAUAUAGAAUAACACCAGCCUUACCCUUUUAAUGUUUUAUACAUCUACGUUUAUGGGCCAUUUUUAGGUAUUUUAGCUCUCAAACUAAAAGCAGUAACUUGCAGUGAAGUAAUAUUUAAAGUUCCAAAGUGUCCUCACAAUAGUGUUUCCAUAUCUCCUGAAGAAACAUGUACAAAGUGCGGAUGAGGAAAGUGUACUUUAUCGGGGGAGGUAACACUAACUGGAGGAUUGUCAGCUUUAUGUAUUAGCUUCAGUUAGUGCUGAUGAUUUUAUUGAACACAAAAAUAUGAUUACAUCUGAGAACAGAAUGGAAGGAAUCAUAGGUAAAUGAACAGAUUGUUAUAGAGCAGUGCCAAUGAGAAAGAGGAUG